AUGAUGCCUCUUCAGUACUACCACCAACAAAGAUCUUCAAAGAUGCGCGUUGCCAUUGUCCUCUCCCUCGUGGCCAUGUUGUUCUCGGUCGUGUCGGCGUCGUCGCUGUGCUUCGGACGCCCAAGCUUCCUUGGCUCGACCUGUGCUGCUGAAUGCAGUGUUCGUGGCCACCACGGUGGAUCGUACUCCAACGGCCAGUGCUGCUGUGGCGCUUCAACCAAGCGCGGUGAAGAGACGCACACGCAGGAGGAAGACCUCAAGAGUGCUGAGGACUUCUUCGGUGGCAAGUUGCUGAUGUCUGACGACGAUUCUCUCGAGGUGCACAACGGACCCUCCGUGAGCCGUGUCUCUUGCUCUGCUUGCAACAUCGGAGGCUUCAACGGUGGCGGUCUUUGCUGCAAGGCCAGCUGCGCUACGGUUGGCAAGCCAGGUGGUUACUGCAAUGGUAACAACGUGUGCGUGUGCAAAUAA